AUGUUCAUCUUUACACUCUUUGUCAUAGCGCUUUUGGGGUGUGGUCUUGAAGGAAAGAGCGAGAAUAGAGAAGUUCCCAAAACUGCACUUCAUUCAGCUCUUGAAAGUCUAAUAUCGAGCGAUGGUGUAGACUUGACCAAUAGAGUAGGACAGUGUGUCAUGAAAUGUAUUCUCAAUCAGCAGCAAGACCCAUGCGGAGAAGAGCGCAAACAAAAAAGAAAAAAGGAACAACCCACUCUUGGUAAACAUGUGGGAAAGGAAAAGAUAGACUGA